AGUGAGCAGUUUGAAGGAAGGCAGGCAGGCUCACAGCCCUCUCAAAGAAAAAGACAUUGGAGCCAAAAUCGGAUCGAACACGCGAUCCACAAGUAGAGCCAUUGGUACUCGCAAUUUCUACCACGUUACUAUGAGCUUCUUCUGCCCUUCAAAACUUCUUUUAUAGAACUCCACACGACUCAUUUCCAUUUCUUUCUAACCAUCUCUACCUAUAAAUACUUCAUCUUUGACGUUUCUGCUAAUCAAUUCAAAUAAUUUCCAGGUCAAAUCCAUUUGCUUUCUAUAGUGUGAAUCUAUCUGCUGUUGAUGAUUUUUGAGUUCAGAUGAGAACAGUUUCAAUGUGCUUCUCUUCUUUUUCGCAAGUUCCCAGAUGCAGAAUUUAUAACUUAGCUCAUUUUUGGAGUGAACGUUUCCACAAUUUGAGUAGGACUUGUGGAUACAAUUCUAGCUCUAAGCUAUAUGAUUCCAAAAUUUAUGUGCUUGAUGGAGGAAACAGUAGGAAAUGGACUAGAAGAUCUGUAACUACAAACACACAAGGAAGAAACAAAAGUGGCCAGUGCAGUGAUCCCAGAAAACUUAGGCAAGAAAUUUUGGAUGUAACGGUUUCAACAAGUGCUACUCUAAAUUUAAAUAAAAUUGAAACAAGUCAAUACCAACAGAUUCAACACGUUGACAUUCGACAAUUGAUUGCUCAGAAUAAAGAUUUAGCCAGCCUAGUGACAGUUAUUGCUUUUGAUACUGAGACUACUGGGUUUAGCAGAGAGAGAGAUCAUAUAAUAGAGAUUGCACUUCAAGAUCUUCAAGGGGGUGAAAACAGUGCUUUCCAGACAUUGGUAAACCCUGAACGCAGAGUUCUAAAUUCACACAUUCAUGGAAUUACAACAAAUAUGGUCAACAGACCUGAUGUUCCGAGGAUGGAGGACCUAAUACCAAUCUUACUCAAGUAUGUCAAAAGCCGUCAAAAACCAGGAGGCUGUGUGUUGUUUGUUGCUCACAAUGCUCGUACUUUUGAUGUACCCUUUCUUUGUAAUGCAUUCCGGCGUUGUGGUGUAGAUAUUCCUUCAGAUUGGCUAUUUAAGGAUACCCUUCCUAUGGGACGUGAAGCAAUGAAGUCUGAAGGAUCAAAGCCUUCUUCAAGAAGCAUAUCAUUGCAAGCCCUUCGUGAGCACCUUGGGAUUCCAUUGGAUGGUUCGGCUCACAGAGCCAUGUCAGACGUGAAGGUGCUGGCAGCAGUUUUUCAAAGGUUGACUUAUAUGCUGAAACUCCCGCUUGCUAGCCUUGUUGAAGAUGCUUUCACAGCCUCAGAAAUUGGCACUCCAAAGAAGAAGAGUUCCAGAUAGACAUGCUUCUUCUCAGCAGCACUGAAAUGUAUUAUUGUAACCAUUAAUCAAAUGAUCCAGUGGCAUGAGAUGCCUCUUGCAGAGCUUGAGGUCCGAGUUGUAGAUUCCUCUGAAGGCAGUAACGGCACCUGUUAGGUAGGGUGGGGUUGGAAAAGAAAAAAAUCUGAUCAUUGUAACUGUAAUACAUUGCUUUUUAGAUAAACAUACGGCCAAUAUUUAUUCAAUCACAAAGAAUAUCUGAUGCAUGCAUGUUUUGCUUGGGAUUUUGAGAAGAUUGAACUCUUAAGACAGUCUUUUGAAGUUCUGAACAGCAAUGAUCAGGUAGUAAUAGUUUAGGGGCUCCGAAAUUUAGAAAGGGGUAUGUGGGUCUCAAGAGUUUUUUCUGCAGUUUUAUUAUCGGCUUUGAGCAUCCUUGAGGACAGAAAAGUUGUUAAUAUGUUGAGCUAACAGAGUGAAAAGCAGCAUAAUGGGAAAGGAAAGUUUCCAUUCCUAGAUUAAUGUUUUCUCG